AGUUUCGUAGGUUUGUUGCUGCAAAAAUCAACAGUGGAAAACUUACCCAAAUGUAAGUUAAUUUCUGUAUUUUACGGCUGUAAUUUCCCAGAAAUGUCUAAAAGUAUCUGCAGUUAAUAAUUAUUUUAAAUUAAGAUCAAUUCUUCCGCGAGAAAAGUUAACUUUUGACGAUGCGAAUGUGCUGAUGUUGUUGCUAUGAUCAUGUAAACACCGUAUUACAAACGAUCGCCAUUUGCAUUGAGAAUGACAUUGAAUAACCACAACUUUUUAUUACAAGCAGUCGUUGAACCCGUGUUUUUGCUUUAAAUUUUUUUUUUCUGCUCCAGGAUUCGUCCUUUAUUUGUUUUGCAGAAAUUUCCAAACUAAAAAAAAGACAAAAAUUCUAAUUCGCCCUUCACGAAUUUGAUGUUUGACGAAAAUUGUUACCAUUACUUCUCCUGCGAGCCCUAACCAUUAAAAACAGAGCUUUAAUGUGUAAUAUUUUUGCACUUAUAAUGAUUUAAAUGUUUUUGGAAUUACGCUGAGUAACAAUGUACACUACGUGUACAAUACUCAGCCGAGGAUGGCCUUAAUUAUCACAAGUAGCUGUAACAUAUUUUGAUCUGUUAUGAUGUACUCGUUUUUAAAAGUUUACCACAGAAAUUUAGGAGCAGCUAAAAAGUAGAGGGCUACUGAUUUCCUACCUUUUACCAGUCUUUGAAGAACAAGGAGUAACACUGAAAAGGUUAUUAAACCCUUUAACUCCUAAGAAUGACUAGCAUCUAAUGUAAUUUCUCCUUACAAUAUCACCCCUGAAUCAAACAUUAAGGUCAUGAGAAUUAAUGAAAUGAUCACCUACUAAAGAAGCUCCACAUUGCUAACCAAAUUCUCUUGGUCAGCACCUUAGAAAAUGUAUAGAGAACAGUAUGGAGAAUAUGCAUACUGAUGUUAAAGGUUAAUUAUUGUUAUUUAGGGGAUGUGAGUGAGUGGUCCUGAAUUCAUGACUCAAAAAUUAGGAUUAAAAGCUACAAUUAUCAUUUCACAUUAAAAAAUCUUGAAAUGUUUACUAGCUCAGUCCCUUGGGUUUAUCAGCUAUUUUUGGCUAUGCUUUAGUUUAAAAUAACUUAUUGAUAAAAAUGAAAUAAAAUUAGGUUAGCUGUAGCUACUUUCUUUGCUCUGAAAUAAGUACGCGUAGAUUACCUUAUUCCUUGAACAAUGAAGAUACAAGUCAAACUAGUUUAACUCUUUCACUCCCAAAAUAUAAAUUUGAGUAUUCCUUAAUGAGUGACCUUAUAUAAUGAAGAUACAAAUCAAACUAGUUUAACUCUUUCACUCCCAGGAUAUAAAUAUGAGCAACCUUGAGGCCAUUACAUUUCUUUCAGUGGUAGUUCUAAGAAUUUAGUCUUAUACCAAAGGAGUAACCCUUAGUUGAGAAUUGAAUCAACCACCAAAUUCUCAGAUCUAAUAUUAUGAGUGAUGAAUGAAAAACAAAGUAUAGAAUCACUGUUUAGAUCUUGCAAGGGAAAGAGUUAACCCUUCAACUCCCACGAGUGAUCAAGAGAGAACCUCUCCUUAAAAUAUCAGUACAAUAUCAAGUGGAAAAGUAAUGAGAAUAAAGCAGAAGUUAAUUUAGGGGACCUUAAGUUGAUCCAAUACUAAAUUCUCUCAAGUAAUAUCAAAAGAUUGUAUGGCAGACAGUAGGAAGAAUUACUAAAUAAAUUAGAUUUUGGGAGUGAAAGAGUCAAGGUACGUCACAGUAGAUCUACCAUCAUUUCUAUCAUCAUUUCUGUUAUUUUUAACAAAUUGAAUUAAUAUGAAUGUUAUCAACCUGAAUUGCAAUUAUAUUUAGUUAGUACAAAAGGUAGUCAAGACAUUUCUCAAAGAGGAUAGCAUUUGGUAGAUGGUAAAAAUAUUAUUUGUUAAAACUGUAGGAGUGAUUUUGGACGUCCACCUUCUGCACGAGGUUACAGACCACCUUCUGGGAAAGGAAUGAGACCAGGAAGUGGAGCAAGAGGAAGGAUGCCCCCAAGCUGUAUCCAAUUUUUAUUAAGGUUUAAUUUUAGAUUUUUGCUAAGCUCAGAUGGAUGUAGAGACAGUAUUUAAUCAAGAAGCCUGGCCACUAAGAUUGAAAAGUAUAACAUGAUUUGAAGGCUGUUUGGGUCACAGGGUACUUUGAGAGCAGCUUUUUCAUGCAGUAUCUUAACCUAUUAACUCCCAAGAUCUUAUCAAUAAGUCUCCCUUUCGUAAUACAUUCACAUCUCUUUGCCCACCUUUCAACCCUCAGAAGAGAGUCAGUACCCUGAGAGUCAGUAUUGGGAACGUAUUGAGAACAGUGUGAACAGUAUGCAUACCAAUGUUAAGCUGUGCGGGGUUAAUUAGACAAAAGAAUGAUAGUAGGUGUCAUUUCAAGAUAACAACUCCCAGCUGAUAUUUUUCUUAGUUCUCAUCAUCUGUUUGCAAGGCAGUGUCUUAAAAUCAUAAUGAGAAAUUACUUAUUAAUUACAUCUGUGAAUUAAAGGUUAAAGUGAACCUUUUAGGGCAAGACAAAAAAAAUUAUACCCAAGAUUGUGAUGAUUUGAAAAUAUUACCGGUAAUUAGCAAAUGUAUGCAGUAGUAAGAGCAUGACUGAAUGAUUGAGGGGUGUAUCCAUGCAUUCUUGAUUCCUUGACAAAUAUUUUUACAACAUAUAACAGCUAUGGGAAGACCUCCAGGUAAUGAAUGAAGUAAACCCAUUGAAUUCAUAAAGCGUCUACAUGUACUUGAAGUAUGAAAUGUAGAAAGAGGACAGAAAAUUAAGCUGCUGAAUUUAAUUAAAUAAAAUUGCUUUGUUGCUAUGGCAUGGAAAGAAAUGUUAUGUCUCUGAUAGAGGUUGCAUGCAGAUUAGCUCUGGAUGGUGGAACAGAUUUUGAGAAGGAUUUGGUUUGUUAUUGUGCAUUUAUUCUAGUUUUUCAAGGCUUUGAGUAUUGUUGAAACAAGCCAACCAAAUUUAUUGAUUCAAUUUAGGUAUUUAAAGGGAUUUACAAUGCACUGAAAUAUGGGGUGGCAUUAAACACUAACAUCUUUUUUUAUUUGUAAUUUUUCUACUCAGAAAUUCAAAGAGACUGAAAUAAUAUGUUGAACCAGGUCUGUUACAACUGAUCUAUAGCAGUUGUAACCUUUAUUAACUAUUAAAAAAUUGAUAUUCUACUCUCUUAAGGUACUGCUGCAAUGAGACUGCCUCCAGGAACUGGAAUGGUAAGUGCUAUCUUUUACUGACAAAUGCCAAGCUAGAGGUGAAAGGUAAUUUUUAUUGCUAAAUUACCGCACAAAAUUAAAUUAACCUAUUUAGUCGCCUCUCUGGUGGGGCAAGCUUUGCACCUCACAAAGAAAGAGUCUGUCUUGUUAGAAUACCCAUCCUGUAGUUAAAGCAGCAAUUAUAGGAUGAACAAAGGUAAACCUGGUGACCUCAUGGCGUAUAUGUUGCUGGGUUCAACAGUGGGAUGAUAACAUGUUGUGGUGUUGUCAGGAAAAAGGUAGAAAUGUAACUAACUUGUGAGUAAUAUUAUAAUUAAUGUAGUAACUGGAUGAAAUUUUGUUAAUUUGAACCUUAUAUUCAACAGGCCCCAGGCACUGCCAGGCCAGGAUCAAGAGCUGGUGAAUUGGGUGGAGGUGAAGAAUGUCAAAUGCUACUGCAUUUUUUAUAACUUAAUUCGAUGUUUCAUGGACACAUUUAACCACAAAACAUAAUGACCAAGUAUGGUAAGAAUACAUUGUGAUAGGAAAGGUCAUGCCAUUUAACCCUCAAGGAAAAUUAUAAUUUGUUGUUGUUUUGACAAAAUUGAAUUGCCUUUUGGUAAAAAUAAUCAAAAUCCUAGAAAUAUAUGGUUGGCUGCUAAAUGAAUCAGAGUGUAUUUGUUUGAGUAAAAUAUUUAAUGAAAGUUGCUUGAAUUUGAUAUGAUUCAUGGUUAGAACGAGUGAAUUUAAAUUUAUUCCUUUGUACAUGUCACUAUUAAUUUGAAGAUAUCUAUUAUUUUUUGGAAUGGCAUAAAAAAAAAAUGCCUCUGUCAAUGAAAAGCUUUCAGCUCCCAAUGACUUUUUAUUUAAUAGUGAGUUCAGUUCAGUUUUAUUCAGUGGAAAUUAUAUAAUCACAAGGUAAAUUGUUAGGUCUGAGCCUUCUAAUUUAGUGAUCUUGUGAUCAAAGCUGUGUUUUUUUUCUUUGGUUUAGCUUUGAAUGCACAGAUAAGAGUAGCAGAGAGACCAAUGACAAAGCAAGGCUUAACUGGAAUGAAGACUUCAGCUGGCAGAGGUUAGAUUUAAUUUAACGAUCAAGAUAUAUGGAGCAACAAUUUCAUACAAAGUAAAUCAGCAAUUAAAUAUUCAAAUGUUAUUUCAUAAGAUGAAUGUAAGUUCAGAUUGUUCAAAAACUACACUUGCAUUACUGUAAAUGCAUGUAGUUUAUUGCUUUUGUUUAAUUUGCUGCUGUGUUUACAUUAAGCAAUGUGUUUUUUAUUUAUUGCAUAGUUUAUACUGUAAAGUGGUCAGUUUGAAGAGUUAGGUUCUCUUUGCUUGAAAAUCUUAUGAUGGUUGUUUUUUUCAUCAAGGUCCACAGAGGGCAAUUUAUGAUAAGUCUUUCUACAUGGGGCAACUCAGGUAAGUCUAGGUGUUAUUGAAAUAUUAUACUUUCCAGCAGUCUGGACAAUGAAAUAAUAAAGAUAAGAGAAAAACUCCCAGAUUAUAAGCAGUAUGCAUUUGAAGAGUUUGUCACCCCAGUUAGUGAAAAGAUUAGUUUAUAGUGUGGUUGUUUUCAAGUUUAUAAUUAUACAGAGUUGUAAUAGCCAUUAGACAGUAAUUUCAAAUGUUUGUUUAAAUUUAUGUGUAUAUUUAGCAUCCAAAUCAAUGUCAAUAUCUGAGUAAAUACCCACCUACCCCUCCCUUAACCCAACAUUAGCCCUAUCGUUUUAUUGGGCAACUGUUGUUGGGUUAAGGGAGGGGUACAUGUUGGUGCAUAAUUACGACAUUGAUCCUAGCAUCUUUAACAUCAAUUUAAAAGAGAUGUAAAAAAAUUAUUUUUCUCUUACAAAAAAAUUAUAUGACUAGUUUGUUAUUUAAUUUUUUGCUUGUUUGUUUGUCUUAGGGCAAAAAUUACAGAGCUUGCAGCAGAGAUAGCAAAAAUGCAAAAAGAGGUUGACCAGUUCGACCAAGAGAAUGCAACAUUUCUAACUUAUGAAAAACGGUAUGAUGGGUUUUUUUUUCUUAAUAUAAUUAUUUUUCUGCAGUAUACUUACUAUCAUUAUAAUCUCACAGCUUUUUUACCCUUUACACCCUAAUGUUAGUGUGCAUUUUCUCCAAACUGUUCUUUAUGCAUUUCUUAAGGUACUAGUGAGGAGAAUUUGUUUAACAAUCAAGAGCUUCUUUAGUUGGCGAUCAUUUCCUUUAUUCUCAUGACCUUAAUGUGUGAGUCCAGCAUGAUAUUGUAAGGAGAAAUUAGAUGCCACCCUCUCUUAAUGGUUAAAGGGUUAUGGCAAAUAGUGUAAUGCUGAAUUUAAUUUGUAAAAAUGACAUGAUGUGCUACAAUUUUUGUUUUGCCUGAAUUCAAAUUUCAUGUUUUCCACAUGUAAAUUUAGAAUAAUUGUAAUUGUUGAUAAUGCAAGAAAGACUAGAUGUACUGGAAAUGUUUGGGAUGUCUGCAUUCAUUUUCAAUAUAUAUGAAGAGGAAUUGAUAAAAUUAAGGUUCUCUUUUUCACAUUCCAGAGCUGAAGGUUUAGCCACAGAAAUCAAAGAACUCCAAGGACAAUUAGCUGAUUAUAACACGGUAAUAACACAAAAUUGAUACAAUGUUCUUCUAGCUGUUAAAAUAGACAACGCUAAUUCUAGGUAGUUGAGUAAAUACAGUUGUAAAUGGAAUGAGUGCUCUCUCAUCUUUUCUAUUUUAAAUUUGUAACAGCUGUUGGACAAAAUUAACACCGACACAGAAAUGGAUGACAUUGUUCAAGACUUCAAUGCAGUGAGUUUUUCCUGUUUCUUUAAUCCCAGUUAAAUAAUAUCAGUGUGUGUUGUACAUGUAUGUUCCUUAUGGCCAUUAGGCUGCAAAUGAACACUGAUUGUGAUCUUUUUUCUACUAAAGCUGAAAAUUCAGAAUGAGCGGGAACAGAAUUCCAUUGAUGAAUUAUUCACUCAGAGAAGAGAGUAAGUAAACUCUUACAAUUGUAGUUAGUUACUUGUCGCAUAAAGAAAUUGAUUGUCACCAAAAACUGAGAUGAGUGCAUAGAUUGUCCUUACCACUGACAACACUGUGUGCUGCAACUGGUGUCUGAUAGAUAGUAGAAUAAAAUAUUUCUCAACUGAAUUUGCCAUAUAAGUAUCUAAUAUGGGGGUCACGGUGUUUGGUAAUCAGGCAAGAAAAUCACAUUUUUUUAAUUACUUUUUAGUAAAGAGUGUAUACACUAUAUCCAAACACAUGUGUUCGCUUACUCAUCUGAUCAUUCACCAAUCAAGUUACAUAUACUGUAAUACAAUGAAGACUAUAACGUCAUGGUAACACUGCCUGCCUUUAACUCCCAUGAGUGACCAAGAAAGAAUUUCUCCUCACAAUAUCAAUACAAUAUCAACUAGAUAAAUAAUGAGAAAAAAGAGAAAUAUCAAUUUGGGGAUAAUUAGUUUCAGUUAUUCUCUUCUUUAUAAGAAUUCUAUGACAAAGUAAGAGAAUGAGAAAAAGGUAAAACAUAACAAUCAACCAAUAAAUGUUCAAUAAUUCCACUAAUCUUUCACUAAUUAAGUUACAUAUACCAUAAUACCAUGAUACUCUAACAUCACAGUAAUGCAGCCAGUAAAUUGACUGCAUGUGAUGUUGAUAUUGUUUCUUUAUUCUUUUUUCUUAGCCAAGAGCAGCAGAUAAAGCAACUGACUCAACUAAUUGGUUCAAUAACUCUACCAAUCAUUCACUAAUCAAGUUACACAAAUUCCCCUUGUACCAUAAAGACUCAAACGUCACAAUAAUGCAGCCUGUACAUUAACUACAUGUGAUAUUGAUUGUCUCUUCAUUCUUUUUUCUCAGUAAAGAGCAGCAGAUAAAACAACUGGAGCUUGAACUUGACCAGGAACGGAGAAUGGCUGAGAGCUUGGUGGAAGACAUGGUAAAACUAAGAAUUCAGUUCAAAUUUUGCGGGAAAACUUAGAUUAUUCAUUGAACUGGCUGUUACUAUAUGAAAUGAUUAAUACUGAUAUUUUAAAAAAUUCAAUACACAUGUACUUAAAGGAAACAAGGGUACUGUAGUGGAACUGCUGAAAGUGGAACCUGAAAGCCAGGCCCUCUUUGUAUUGGCAAUAACAUGAUUUUGAGUGCAAUGUGGUGUUAAUAGGCUCACAUAAAUUUUUUAAUUAUGUUAAAAUUCUUACUGAUUAUUAAGCUUAAUCCAUCAUGGUCAAGAAAGGAAUCAGUCAACUUCUAUUCUCCUAACCUUUUUGCUUGGUAAUAUUUUGAUUAUGUUAAAAGAAGUGAUCAUCAGGGUUUUUGAGCUAGAAAAAGAGACGGCAACUUGUUUUUUCCUAAUACAUUUACUAUGUCUUUCACAGACUGCAGUUACAGUUUACCUUGUAUGACCUUACAUUUUGACCAUCUGCACUGUAUAAACAUCAGGAAGCUACGACAAUUCUAGAACAAAUUUAUGAAAAUACAAGCUCUAUUACUUUAAUCUAAUAUUUGAAAGACGUCAGCAUAUGAGUUAACUUUCUAAAUACUUUUAACUAAUAAAACUGUUGCUUCUGUUGUCCUUGUUUUUUAUAGUGUUUUGAAAGACUAAUUCUUUUCCUUUUGUGAUAUUUCCCUGCAGCCUCCUGAUCAGAGAGCAAAGUAUGCUAAGUUGAAAAAUGUCAACAAUUCUCUGCAGACAGUGAGUAUUAAUUUUAAUAUGAUUUUAUUUUUCUCUCUAAGACAACAGUUUUAUUUGGGUAAUUGUGAAGAACAGCUGCCUGAAAAAACCUGUUGGCCAACAGAUGAGCUUAAAACUGUCAGUUUGACUGAUGGCUGACUGUUGGCCAUCACUCAGUUGAUAGUUGGGUAACAGGUUCAUUCAGAGAGUUAUUCCUCACAAUUAACUUUAAUUUUUGUAAACAUUUUUGUAGCAACACACCUUUUCCUGACUUACCCUGGGUAAAAUUCACACAAAUACAUGUUGAUAACAUGUUUGUUAUGAAGAACAUGCAGGUAAAUACAAUACGUGGCUAGAUUCCUGCACGAAGUGGCAGAGGUGCAGCAGUGAACAGCACUGAGUGUGUGUAAAUAGAUAAGGAAAUAUGACACGUUUUUAGUUAAUUUGUAGAAUAAGGAGUUCCUUUUGUUAUGGCUGAAGCAUUCAAGCUACAUGUAAUUUGUUUGCUUCUGAUUGUUGUAAUACUAGUUUUAUGACAUAGAAUGUUUUCUUGCCUUACUUGACAGGAACUUGAACAGAAACAGCAGGACCUGGAUGCUCUCACAACUCGCAUUCAGAAUCUUGAAGAUGUAAGCACUUUAAGUAUAGUACAUUAAAUGUGUUUGUACAGGUCUGUGUAGAGUGCAAUGCAACUUUACAUGUUUGAAAUACCAGUAGUAAUUGUUAUCUUAUAACUAGGCACCUAUUGAGUCACAGAGUCGUGUAUUUGACUGCACAGCAUUGCUACAGGUUUAACUGUUAUAUUAAUAGUGUUUGUUUAAUAUUUCAAUAGGAGGUAUCCAGUUCUCCAGUUAAACAAGAAGCAGGUAUAACAUAUAGUCCUCUUAAAAUGUUUGUACUUAAACCUUUAACUUCAAGAAGUGAUGAAUAUUAAAUGUUCAUCCCUUGAAAUUGUGAGGGAAAUUUCCUUUUUUUCUAAUUUAUUUUUUUAUUUUUUUUAUUUUCCCUCACAAUUUCGAGUUGUUUGCCAGGAAAGUUACUGUAACAAUAGUCAAGGUUACUAGUCAGAGGAUGUUAUUAUCUGAUGAUAAAUACAGCUGUGUAAUACAGCAACGUUUGAUUUACGAUGAAACAUGAUAACAAAAUGUUCAAGGAACAUGUCUAAGGAAAUCAUUUGUGUCUUAUCUCUACUUACAGUGACAUUAUACGAAAAAUUGAACGAACUGGGAGAGAAGAAACAAAGUUUGCUUGAUGAGAUGGAGAAAGAGAACAAAGGAACUCCCGCUGAAGAAAGAGAGAGACUCUUGAAACAGGUAAAUCUCUCGGCGACAGUUUGAGAAUGAUAGGAGAAAUCCGCUAUUGAUUGUUUACAUUGUUUUUGAAUUAGUCAAGUGACUAAUCUGCUCAGGCCAUUUGAUUUUACCCUUAUCGUUGACGGUGGAUAAUGAACAUAGUGGUUUUAAAAAAGUCUUCUCAGACGUGCUUUGUUAGUGAGGUCGUACAACAUGUAUAAAAGAAUACCUCGAUGACUGCUCUUUUAAGAUCCGUUUAACUCAUUUGAAACCUGAGUUUGAUCCAGCUGUUUGGGACCGACGCUUGAUAUGGUUUCGCCAGAGAUUUUGACCUGUUUAACUCUACAAAAAUAAUAAUAAAUUUGUCCUUGUUUAAUUUAGUUUUAAGUAACAAUGAAAGUAUCUUUUUUUUUCUGUACAGGUGAAAGAAGACAAUCAGGAGAUUGCAGGCAUGGAGCGAAAGUAAGGCUUUUCAAAGUUUGUGUGUAUGUUUUUAGUGUUUGCCUUUUUUGUUUCUUUUUAUACAUAUUUUUUAAAUGCAUUUUUUGGUGCUACAGUGGUGUGCAGCUUUUGCCAAGUUUAAUCGUAAGGCUCCAUCCUCUCUCAUUCCUACCACAGCUUUUUGCGCAAGCUAGUAAAAAAAGAUUUACAGAAAGACUGUUAGCAUGCUCUGUAGUUUGUCAUCUGAGCUCUCUGCUAAAAGUCGUGUCAUACUCUGACUGCAGGACCUCUGAACUCCGAGAGAAAAUUGAAGCAGCAAAUGGUGAAAUUCAACAGCUGGAUAUGGAUCUUGAAGAACAUCAAGGUUAGGCAUUUGCAAUACAUGUAUACAAAUAACUGCAUCGUAAGUGGCCUGUGACAUACAGCUGUAGCGAGUGCUUGCGUAAAGACAACCUAAAUCUCGAGAGGUGCGUGCGAAAGGGAGAAAACGCGCGCGUAAUAGAUGGGAAAAAUUCGUCUCGCGCGUUUCCCUCUUUCCACGUGCACUUGCUAUUCAGGUUAGUGAGUGUAUAAUACAUUAUCACGCAUGGAAGCGAACGCGGGUUGUCUUUGCUUCUUUCUUUGUUGUAGUCGUAAAUGUUUCUUUAUUGUGGUGGUUUGUAAGGUUGAAUUUCACAACACAUUAGUGCAGUAGUUUCAGGUAAGAUGGAAACGGGAGAAUAUUUAAACUCAAAUUACAGGUGAACUUAACUUAAACCUCUCUGGAUUUCAGGCGAACGAAAUGUGAAGUACAAAGAGUUGAAAAAGCGGGAAGAAACGAUGGACGGUAUGUACAAGAGUAGCGACAGUGUUCGAUUGAGCGGAGGCAGUGUAGCCAAGUUGUUAGGGCGCUGGUCCUGUAAUCUGUUGGUCCCAGGCUCAUGCUCUCUUCCCUGCUGCUCACUGGAUUUGAUCUCAGUUGCCCCUUAGCUGGCUGCACUUUGUUUUUGACCAGCUAGUCUGCUUCCUGUCAGUUGUGAUUUUUAAACACUUAAUGUUUAUGAUUAUUUACAAUGUUUAUUUCCAAUUUGUUUGUGACACAAGUUUAUCAGUUUGUACCUGUUUAGUGUUACCCUUUGUAAAUAUUCUUCUUAUUAUUAAAACUAUAAUUAUUAUUUAUAUUAUUAUUAUUAUUAUUAUUAUUAUUAUUAUUAUUAUUAUUAUCAAACGUAACGAAAGAUAGCGUGGUUAGUAAGCCUCUUCGGAUGGAGUAUCACAACUGGUAGAAAUAUUAAGACUUGAAAUUGUCGACCUGAAACUUGAUCCAUAACAUGUGCAGUAUACCUGUGUUGUAAUGUUCAUUCUUCUCUGCUUUCUAUAGAAUUUUUGGAAACGUUUGAGGAAGUUAAGGCAAAUGAACAGGUUAGUUCACCAGCGUCCUCUAUCAGUUAACCCUGCAACUCCCAUGAGUGACCAAGACGGAAUUUCUCCUUACAAUAUCAAUACAACAUCAAGCAGAUAAGUCAUGAGAAUAAAGAAAAAUGUCAAUUAGGGAAUUAUCGGUUGAUUCAAUACCAAAUUCCCAGAACUAACCUCAUAAGAAUCGUAUAGCAGACAGUGAGGAGAAUUACUAAUGGAAUCUUGGAAGUAAAAGGAUCAAAGCUUGAAUGUAUCGGACAAUCUCACUUGGUACCAAGAGGAGUGGGGUAGGGGUUGCCAUUCACUCCUCUCUUGAACGUCUAAGGGUUGUAUUCGUACAGGUAUUCCUAGUUAUUGUUUACUUUGAUGUGAUUUUGUAACUUUUGCGAUUUUCAACAGACGAGGAAGCAGCAGUUGGAAAACAACAUUGUGAACGUCUUGGAGCAUAUGAGCAGGGUUAGUUUAUCGCUCUAUUCACAAUCAAGUUUUUUUUUUUUUAAAUAAAAACGCACAGGGAAAGGAAGUUCGAAUCCUUCUUCGGGGCCUCUCCCGUUUGCUUUGUCCCACUUUUGUGACAAAAUGUUUAACGUUUUUCUUAAAAAUGAGUUUUUUUCUUUGGUUUAGUGCGAGGAAGACCUUUUGUACGUUUGAAUCGUUAAACAGUUGUUGUUUUUUUUCUAUAUUCUUACAUCGUUAAAAUAUUUACUGUUGUGGCUCAUGCUCAAUUUUCGCACUUUUUCUCCUGAUUAUUUAGCUCUCUGAUUUUAAACUGAAGUAAUCUGCUGAACUUUAUGGUAGUAAUAACGCGGUCACCGCCCUUCUUUAAGUAAAACUUUACUUUCAUUUGUUUACUUGUCUAUUCAUUUGUUAUCCAACUGCCCAAAGAAGAGUUCAAAUAACGCGCGAAUGGAGUACAAAUAUCCAGCGAUAUUGUAGAGUUGGAUAUUUUGCACCGUGAAAUAACCUGUUUAACCGGUCGGCUGCGCGCUCCACGCUUCUCUAUCUGCUCUGCUUUCCUGCCUUGUGAGAAAUGAGAAGAAAACAAAGUAUUUUGAUAAUAAAAAAAACUCAUUAGACGAUUUGUAAUAUUGCUUAGUAUUUUACUCGUUGUUUGAAUUUAGACUCGCUCGACGGGCUCUUCAAAAGAAGGCACAACCUGUAAAAAUAGUCAGCGAUAGUAUACACCAAAACAUCUCAUGAGAUGCAUUUGUUGACUGUUUUAUCUUUCGUCAUCAGGGAAUGGCACGUACAAAGCACUUACCCAGUCCGGCAGAACUUCAACGAAUGAAGGUACUCUUCAGAUUUUCUUGUAUUAGAGACGCGACUUUCAAAUGAGUGUCGAAGGCAAUUUAGUAUUUUGUUGCAUUCGUAUUGUCUUACUCUGAGAUUGGUGUGGAAAACUCGCGCUACUUUCUCUAGCAAUCAGGUACAGAACGUAGGAUAAUCACGAACUUGGCCACUCGCGCUUGCCGCAUUAUGAGAUUUGUUUGUUUUGACUUCUUGGUUUCUUGAGAAAUUUCCUUUGGUCUGAUCAACCGUUUUAAUUACCCUGGUGUUAAGACAAUCAAUCGAAACUUCCUCUUUUUAUUUUUUUGAUCUUCAACCAUUACAUUCUUAACCCUUAACUCCGAGAGUGGCAAGUGAGAACAAGUCUAAGUCUCUAUACUUUUCUCUGCUUAAAAUUUAAAUUCCUCCUCCUCGUAUUAUCAGGGUUCGUACAGGUCCUGAAAAACCUGUUUUGACAUUUUCAAGGACUGGAAAGUCCUGGAAAAAAGACUACAGGUUCUGGAGAGUCCUGAAAAUCUGCCUGAAUUAGGCAAUAAAGCUUUUAAAAUUUACAUUAUAAGAAUUUUUUAAAGACAAUAAGGUGAAUUGAUUUUGAAAUCAUGGGAAUGAAAGGGUUUAAGUUUAAAUUUGGAGCCCUGGAAAAAUCAAUCUAAGUCCUGGGAAAGUCCUUGAAUUUCUUUCUGAAAAAAGGUACCAAUCCUAUAGUAUACAUAUUCCUUUUCACCUUCCGGAUCUUCUACUUUUCAUUCCCUUUCUUUCCCACCCCUAUAUCAGCCCUCAUCUGUCCGUUCUAUCCUGUCAUUCUCCCUCGCCAACCUUUCUCUCUCUUUUUUUGCCAUUUUCUUAUCUAAAACUUCAUUUCAUAUUAGUGCUUGAUUCCAAGAAACUGACUUUGCCAGUUCCGUCAGAAGAAGUCUAAGAUUCUGUAUAUACCAUUUAGCUAACGCUGUGUUUUUCCUUUCGGGCAGGAUGAUCUAAACUUUAAAGAAACAGAAAUGCAUAAGUCCCAGUCUACGGCGACCAGUUUAGGGUCAGGUAAGGGCUGGAACGCACAAAACCUGCAAACGUCGUUUAUUUGUUGGCCCAAAUAUGACCUGUAACGUGGUAGUCUUUGGUUUAGUUAUAGUUUGUUUCUUGUGUUUUUAUUUUCAAUUUUUUUUCUAGAGCACACCCGUCUUCAAAUGGAUCUGGAGAAAGUUGAACAGGUGAGGAGAAAUAGAAAGUACUAGUAGAGGUACUCUAAUAGUAGGACACUACAUUUCAAUUACUGCAUUCAUGUAACGGUUGUUCUUAAAUAAUUUGAGGUGAUUUUUUUCUUUGUAUUCAACAGCUCGAGACAAAAAUAACGACAGAACUUGAAUCACUGAAAGAAAGAAUCCAGACAAUGACGCAGGUGAUAAUUUUACUGUUUUUUUAACGACAAUGUUUUGAAUUAUAAUUUCAUAGCCCAUGCCAUCCAAAAAUUUAAACAGGUUUUUUGUGUCUGUCAUUCAUGUCAUUUAUUCAUUCAUGAAAUCAUUCAUUGUUGCAUCUCAGUAUCUCUAUCAUCCAUCCAGUUUAGCACAGAUGUAAUUCAUCGACCGUCCAUUUAAUAAUUUGCAGUACAGUUCGUUCAUUUGAUCCGUCGUGUCUUCAUUAGUCUGUUUCCUGCCGUUUUGUGUUUCUGUCACUUCGUUCCAUCCUUUCUCUGUUCAGCCAAUCCGUCAUCUACAUCCUUAUAUGUAUUGUUUGCCUUUAGGAACUUGAAACAUUUAGCGAUCUGGAUGCCCUGAGAGACCAGUCAGAGGAGAAAAAAACGGUAAGCUUUCCAUACCUUGUCCCUAAUAACAAACGCUGAUGAAAAAGUUCACCUUCUUCAUUUAAAUAAACAAAUAUUGUUACUUUUUGUCUUGUCGAUAGCGUUUGUAUGGAGAAAAGAAGACACUGUCCGCAAGGAAAGAAACAUUUAAAAAGCGUAAGUUGAGUCAUUCGUUAUUCGUUCCUUCCAUUUUUUUAGGUUGUUCUCUGUUUAAUUAUUUAUCAGUUUUGAUCUUGUUUUAAUUUUGUUUUUUUUUCUUUUCAUUCGUGUCGAUGUUCACUUGCAUGUUCUUUCUUUCUUUCGUUUGGUCGUUAUUAACUCAGUUGAUAAUACUAAAUAAGGAAUAUAUUCCUUUGUUUUUGUGUUUGUACAUAUAUCUUAUCAUUCGUGUGUUUGCGAUCUCCUUUCAUCGUUGUUAAUGUGUUGAUCUUUCGUCAUUUUAUUUCCCUUUUUUCACGUUUUUAUCUGUCUAUUUAUGUGUUUGUUUGCUCGUUUUUCCUUAGACCGUUUUUUUGGUACUUUUUUUUAGUGUCCAUUAUCAAAUCAGUGCGGCAUAAUUCCACCCUUUUUUGUUUUUUUGUUUUUUUAGACGUUCAGAGGCUGUCUUCACUUUAUGAUGCUACGAAGAGUAAACUAAUGGAAAACGAGACACAUUCUCAGGUACUACUUGUCACAAACGCAACCAACAUUUCAUCUUCAUCGUCGAUAAUAGGAACCACCUUGAGCACUUAAGUGUUCACGUUAUAAUCGUUGUCUUCUAAUUUCGUUGCAGCUUGGAAACUUAGAAAGAAAAUGGCAACAUCAUGAACAAAAUAACUUUGUCAUGAAGGAGUGUAUCCUUUUGAUCCGAAUAAAAUGAAAAAAAUAUAUUGUGGAUGGUGGAAUCGUCCGGUUCUACAAAAUUUACAUUGUAAUCUUUAAAUUUAAAACCUAUGGGGUAAGCUCAAGUGUGGGGCCAUAUAAUAGAAGUUAGUCUCAGACCAACUGACAGGAAGUUUUUAAUAAGAUACUUUUAUUUAACCUAAACACUAAAAUGUUUUACUCUAAGGGAUGCCCUCGACAUAUGAGAAAUAGAUGACUUUUUGACUUAAAUUACCUGCACUGCGACAUAUCCUUGACUUUACUCAGUUAUUGCUACAAAAAGCAUGGAGAGCGACUAUCGGCCUCUGAAGCAAAAUGUGUCGGAACAACUGGAGGACAUCAACAAACUGCUGAUCCAGUCUCUUGGAAAAUAACCUCUAACCUCUAACCUCUCACCCUAAUAUUUAUUCCUAAUUGCAUUCUGUCUCGAAAGUAAUGACGUGUUUACUUUGGUUCUACUUUUACUGAUAUUUCUUAAUGGUAUCAAAAACAUCUGUGUCCUUUAGUGAAUCAAAGCACAGAUUCGGUUCACUCUAACCAAUCAGGAGCAACCAACGAGGUUCUCCGUGUUUUCCCUGCGCUUGGCGGUGUGAGUGGAUUGUUUUCCCGGGCUUGACUUAUUCUGUUAUUCAACUUACCCGCGAAAAAUUACCAUACAAGUUAAGGAAGGAAUGAUAAAAUGCGUUGGUGGUUGUGAUCGAAUGAUACUGCAACCUGUGCAAACAAUUCUUGGUUGGAAAAAACCAGUAGACCCAUUCUCCUUCGCUUCUGGUUCUCAGAAUGUCACACUGAGCAAUUGAAAUCAAACCAAGAUGAUUCCUAAAUUUAUUUAGGCAAGUCAGAGAGGAUAGAUUGUGUUAGUAUUUUUUUGGUUAAAGGUAGGAUGGGUCUGUGUAAGGGGAUAUGGGUGACAACGAGAGAGUGCUUCGACAAAUGCAUGACGCCCUACCCUUGAAAGUCACGCACUUUAUUUUCAUUGUGGCACAUGUUACCGUGACUAAUUACAGUCUUAUCCCACAACAAACUACUAAGGCUUAUCAACAACUUGUAAACAAUUAUCAUGUCUCUUGCAUUUACUCGUUAUAAAACGAAAAUAUGCGUCCUUCUUCAUAUGAAUGCGUCUUGUCUUUUCUACAUAAUGGUUUACGGAAAACUGAUCGUCUUUUGAAAAAAAUCUCGAGUUGAUGUGGACUUAAAAGGUCAAAAAAGACAUCGCCGAGUCUCUAAACAAUAAAAAGUAUAUAAGUUUAUUGCAAUCUGAAGUUUCACAAUGAUGUGGAACAAAAGGAAGAAAAUUAUAACUAUGAGCAACAGUGAAAUUGAAUUUGCAGCGGCUU